AUGACUGAUGUCGAACAAAUUAAACCCCUCAUGUUUGACAAUGGAAUAGGAUGGAUAAAGGUACAAUGUUGGAUAAAGAAUCUUUAUCUCUAGUCUCAAGUUGGUCGUCUCCACUAUCGUAGGAAGUGGAUUGAUGAUUCCCAGCGAUAAAUCAUAGAUGUUCAUCCCAGAAAUCGGGCUAUUUAUUUACAUCACAACUAUCAUCCAUGAUGGAUUACCCUAUUUUUCUCAGUAGACUCCACUACAUAUGUAUACGUAUAAACAUAGAUGAAAAUCCAAAUUUUUUGUUUCCUAUACCAAGAUGAUGCCUAUUAUUCUUGGAAACCUUAACCUCCUCAAAAUCAAGGAAGAAGGUAGUUCCUUGAACAUAUUUUGAAGCUCUCUCUCUCUCUCUCUCUCUCUCUCUCUCUCUCUCUCUCUCUCUCUCUCUCUCUCUCUCUCCCUUUCUCUCUCGUUGUCUCCCCUCUCUUCUCUUCUCUCUCUUGGUCUAGAGAGCACAUCUAAAUGAUGAGGAUCUAGAGGUGGGAAUUGUGCCGUUAUUCUAGAGAUUUACUCACAGUUGGGUCUCUGGCGUCUUCAGGUAGGGUUCGCUGGAAACGACUCGCCCAUUGCCAUCUUCCCCAGCGUAGUUAGGUGCCCUGGCCACACUGGUGAGAUGAUCGCAUGGGCGAGAAGGACACCUACGUAGGCGAUGAGGCGCAUUCAAAGAGCAAAAAUUUGACCCUCAAAUACCCCAUCGAGCAUGGCAUCAUCACCAAGUAGGACGGCAUGGAGAAGAUCUGACACCACACCUUCAAUAAUGAGCUCUGAACGACCCUCGAAGAGCAACCAAUUCUCCUCACCAAGGCCCCGCUCAAUCCCAAGGCCAACCGAGAGAAGACGACCCAGACAAUUUUCAAGAUGUUCAACAUUCUAGCCAUUUACGCCGCCAACCAGGCUAUGCUCUCCUCUACGCAAGCGGCUACACAACAGGUGAGCAAGCCAUGUCCUCUGUUUCCUUCCCAUAAUGCUUGACUAAUACUCAAUUUCCUCUAUUUUUUUGGGAUCAAUGAUCGGUUGUUAUCUCCAGCUUCACUGAUUUGACGUGCAUUUUUUAGUGCAAUAACAACUAUACUUUGGCCAUAUCAUGUACAGGGCAUUGCACAACUGUGGUUCAACAUAGUAACACGAUGAUUUGACCAUGAAACAUUUUAGAAUAGUAAAGCUGUCGUCUAAUAUUUCUAUGAAAAAUGACAAGUUUCACAAAUGGGUUUUAUUUAAUAUUUUACCAGCAUAGGAUCGUGUUUUUUGGUGAUAUUUUUCUGUGAAAUAACAGCAAAUAAAGUGCCUCAUUUUUAUUCUUGACCAAUAUUUGUUACAAUAAAUUUGUGCACACUCAGUUCCUGCUUGUUCUUGAUUCUUCUCGGCCCCAUGCAUCCAUAUGGAUUGCAUUCAUGCGUGCAGACAUCGUGCUUGACUCCGGUGACAACGUCACACAUGCAGUCUCCAUCCUCGAAGGUGAUGUCCAGCCUCACGCCAUCCUCCGCCUGGACCUCUGUAAGGGUGACUUGGUCAUCCUUCAUUUAGCAAGGCCCGUGUGGGCCACAUCUCUCUUUAUUGGGCUUUCACUUAUGAUUGUUUUAUAUCCAAAAAAUAGUUUAGUUCAACCGUUUUUCUGUAACCUGUAUUUCAAGGGAGCUCGAGGAGAGAGAAAUGUAAAAGGAAAUAGACAAAUCUAAGGCACAUGAAAUCUAAUCCUCUCCAAUGUCUACAAAAGGAGUUAUGACAUCAUCUCCCUCAUUUUUUCUCUCUCCUCCACUGGUGACUGAUAUUACUACUUUAUUAACUUUGUUUCUACUACAUUUUAUUCUUUAGACCUUGUCAUUACUCUUUUCUCUAUUAGUUUAUUAAUUGUGAGGCGUAUUUAUCCUCUUCAUACCACAGUGAUCAAAGUCUUACUUUAUUAUAGCUCAUUCUACAUUUUCAUUAUUAUUUAUAUAUUGGAAGACUUGCUAGACUUGUACUCUUAAGUUUUCGCUAGAUUGACAAGUCAAUUCAGGCCCAUUAAGAAGCUAUUUCAAGCACUAUUUUCUAAUAACCUUGCUGUUCGGGACCUGACAGACGCCCUAGUGAAGAUGCUGAAAUAGUGCGGCUACUCCACCACGACGGCGGAGCGUCAGAUCGUGAGGGACAUGAAGGAGAAGCUGGCCUACAUCGCGCUCGACUAUGAGCAGGAGCUGAAGACCGCUAGGACCAGCUCCAAUGUCGAGAAGAACUACGAGCUGCCGGACGGGAAGGCCAUCACCGUCGGCGCCAAGCAGUUCGACUACCCCGAGGUCCUUUUUCGCCCGGCAAUGAUUGGCAUGGACGGCCCCGGCAUACACGAAAUCAUCAACAACUACAUUUGGGUCGACCAUGUUUCCCGGCGUUGACCACAGGAUAAGCAAGGAGAUCACGGCGCUGUCGCACAGCAGCAUAACAAUCAAAGUGAUCGCACCGCCGGAAAGGAAGUACAGUAUCUGGGUUGGGGGCUCCAUCUUGGCCUCCCUCGGCACCUUCCAAGAUGUACGUACUGAAUACACCCUUCAAAACGGGAUCCUUUGCUCUGUCCUUGUCGUUGUAGUUUGGAUUCCUCCGGGUCUCACAACCAGCGGCUGCUAUCCCAGAUGUGCAUCUCGAAGGCGGAGUACGACGAGUCGGCCCCUUCGAUUGUGCACGACAAAUGCAUAUGA